GAGUGGUCCUCUUUAACAAUGGAGUUAACAGUUUAUACUUUACUUGUGAUAUUAGGGUUGUUGGUCCAGACGACAGCAGGUCAUAAGAAAUAUGAUUUUGAUAAGGAAUACAAGAUGGAACAAGCUGCUCCAGAAGUAAAUUAUAAAUGUAUUGCUGUUGAAGCUAAAUGUAUCAAUUCACAAAGUUUUAUAUUAGAGGCUAUUACCAGCUAUAAUUUAGCUUAUAUUUCAAGAUUUGAGGUCAAUAAGGCAUGUAGGACUCUGCGAAAAGGAAGGAUUUGUAUCAAAGGAAGUGGAUGUGAAGAAGAACUCCAGGGUAAAAUGGAUUUAUUAAGCUGGGUCUGUAAGAAUAAACGAGAUUUAUUUAUGGGUAAGAGAUGUUGGAGAAGUAAUGCCUUUAUGACAGAAGCUCCUGAAUGUGAUUUAAAAAUACAGAAAGGCUGCCAUUUUCAUAAAUUAGUUGGUACUUGUCUCAAAACAGUGAUUGGUAAAAAUAAAUUUUGUAAACCGAAACAGAUGCAUUUUUAUGGUGGAAUGUUGGAAGCGAUUGAUAAACUCAGAAAUCCUCAUGGUCGAUGUUGAUAAAGUUAUGCAGCGACAAAAUAAAACAGUUUUAAACCCGAAUAACAAAUACAUCAGUUUCUCCAGGUUUUCCGGUCACGUGUAUAUAUUAUAUCAGAUUUGUAGGAAAAACCCGUUAACCCGGAAUCGAUCUAAUAGUAUUAUAUUGAAAGCUGGUGUUUAAAUAAUUGUACAUUUAAAAAACAUUAUUUAACUAUUUGAUACUUUUCUCUUUGUAUCUUCAAAUCCAUGUAAAGAAUGUUCAGAAAUUAUCGGCAUUUGGAUAUUAAAAUGACGAUGACUGUCAUAUAUAGACAUAUAUAUAAAUGGAAAGUGAAAUUCCUA